AAUCAUUCGGAGCAUUACGCUCACUCGACAUUCACCGACAACGUUUUGCACGAACUGUUGGGUAUCCUGCCACAAACAGAUAAUAGCCUGAUAGUUGACCCACUAGUGCCUAAAACGUGGUCAUACUUUUCGGUGGAAAACCUAUUAUACCGGGGAAACAACAUUACGGUAAUCUAUGACAGCACUGGCGAGCGGUACGGGUCGGGUAAAGGUAUGCGGGUAUACGUUAGCGAUCACGAAAUGGUACACAAAGACACUGUACAGAGAGUUGUGGUAAACAUUACACCCGUCGACACUGACCACAGCUUACGGCAUGGGUCGGCCAACUUCGCUGCCAACCCGUACCGGAAGGGUUAUCCCCGACCCUACGCCAGUUUCACGGACAACAACCCGGGCUGCGUUUGGCAGGCAGUGGACGGCCGGGUAUUUUACGAUUACGUGCCCAGCAAUCGGUGGUCUAAUUGGCAGUCCGGAGGGGCAAGCGAUUGGCUGGCCGUCGAUUUUGGACGCCCAAAGGAGGUCUCUAGUGUCCGACUGUACGUCUACUCGGAUGUGGUGACCGGUGAGGGCCGUACCGACUGUCCCACAAAAAUGUUGGUCCAGUAUUAUGUGAUCGAUGGUAACAAAUGGGUGGACGCCGAGAGUCAGACGGCCAGUCCGGUCCAGUGUUCGCCCAACAAUCUCAAUGUUAUCGCGUUUAAAGCGGUUAAGACAACACAAAUACGAGUGGUAUUCACACGUAAUGUCGCUAAAGAUUAUUAUUGCGGUAUAACUGAGAUGGAGGUGUGGUCUGAGUGGCCGUCCGUUGCGGACACCUAUGAGGCCGAAGACGGUGUGAUAACCGACGCCGAGUUGGAGAGAUCAGCGACCGCUUCGGGUGAGGCAUACGUCGGCCGAUUGGACAACAAGGGGUCGUCGGUUGAGUUGAGCGGCUUUUACGUCAAUAAAUCGGGUGACUAUAAAAUGAGAGUGUUUUACGCUAACGCCGGCGCCCAGGACUCAGUCCAUGGGUUGGUUGUCAAUCAAUUGCAUACAUUGGAAGUCAAGUAUCGGCCGACAGCCUCCGGUUGGGGACAUUUUGAUGAUAAUACUUAUGUUGAUGUGUCGGUGCCCUUACUCUAUGAAAACAUACCAUUCAUUGAUAUACCGGACAAACACAUUGAAGACGUGUAUUACUAUCGGUGGUCAUCAUUGAAACGGCAUUUACGAUACUUAACGGCCGGCACCGGGUAUAUGAUCACUGAGUUUGUGCACGACGUGGGCUAUAGCGCCAAGUUUGGGGUCAUUAACGCCGCCGGUGGACAUCAUAUAUACGAGGCUCGUUGGCUCCGGGAUACCAGCUUGGUUAAAGAUUACAUCAAUGUGUACGCCCGACAACUGGACAGUCGGAGUAAUCACCAAUACUCGGAGUGGAUCGCCGACGCGGCCUAUAAUGCAUAUCUGGUUAACGGCGACAAAAACUUUAUAGUCUCCCAAUUGGCCAGUUUUCGGCGUACGUACGACCUCUGGGCCGACCACUUUGAGCCAUCGCUGGGUCUGUACUACAUAUCGCCCGAGUGGGACGCACAGGAGUACUCGGCCGCCUCCGUACAGACUAAAGACAAAUAUCACGGGGGAGUGGGUUAUAGGCCGAGUCAUAACUCGGAAAUGUAUGGCAACGCUGUGGCCAUCGCACGCAUGUCAGCGCUCGCCGACGAUAAGGACAGCGAACGGGAGUUCAAUGAUAUCGCCCAGAGGUUGAGGGCAGCCAUUAUUGAGCACUUGUGGGACCCAAACAGACAGUUCUUUUACCACAUGCAAAGAGAAAACAACACAAACCACACACUGUUGGACACCCGGGAAGAGGUGGGUCUCUAUCCGUGGCGUUUCUCAGUGCCCGACGAGCGGCACAACUACUCUCUGGCCUUUGACCAGCUCUUCAACCCCGAGGGUUUCGGCACCCGAUACGGGCCGUCCACCUGCGAGACCCGCAGCAAGUGGUACGACGGGAGCCAACGGUCGGGAUGUUGCUGGUGGAACGGCAACUCAUGGCCCUACUCGACCGCCCAUGUGCUCAGUUCGGUGGCCGCACACCUACGCCAAUACACCAGUCAAAACCCGGCCGUAACCGCCGCCCAGUAUUACCAACUCCUCGAGACGUAUGCCAUCACUCAAUACAAGGACAACAAACCAUAUGUGGCUGAGUGUCAUUCACCGGGCGGUGACUUCUGGGUUUGCGAUUCCCGCAAUCACUCUGAACAUUACGCCCACUCGACAUUCACCGACAACGUUUUGCACGAGCUGUUGGGCAUUUUACCCCAACCCGAUUAUACCCUGGUCAUUGAUCCACUAGUGCCCAAGACGUGGUCAUACCUUUUGGUAGAAAACCUAUUAUAUCGUGGAAACAACGUUACAAUUAUGUACGACAGCACUGGCGAGCGAUACGGGAAGGGGAAAGGGAUGCGCGUAUACGUCAACGAUCACGAAGUG